AUGAAUAAUACAAUUCUCUUAAUAGUUUUAAUUGCUUUUUCAUUUGCUCAAGAAGAUACGCCAGGAUUGACAGCACCUAUGUAGCUUGAAGUGGAGACGAAUGAUAACCACGAUAUCCCUGAGGAAAACUCUGGAAUCUUUUAAGUAAAUGAGUUCAAAUCAGGAAUGGGACCCAUGGAUCAAUUCUUCCUUAAGGAUCUUUUCGAAACCAUAAAUGCAGCCUUUGAUGAUUUAACAGACAAUCCCAACGAUUCAACUUUUUUACAAGACAAUUAAUAAACAAAAAAAAUGUAGGAAUUAGAUGAAAGUGGUGCUAUCCAAUUUUAAAGUCCCCUAAUUGGGUUCUUUAAUCCUUUAUUUUCUAUAUUCACAACUGAGGGAGACUCUGAUUUUGUUGAAAUAGAAACCAUUUCAGUCAAUGGACAGACAUAAACUAAGGUCACAAAGACAAGUACUAGAAACGGUAUUACUACCACAACAACUGAAAUAACAACAGAGGCUUCCAUUCCAGAAUUGAAUCAAGAAUAAGAGAAUAAACUUUCCGAUGAGUUUUAGCUUUUUGAAAGUCCAAUGACUUAUGAUGUUUAAAACACUACAGAGGCGGUCGAAUAAUAGGAUUAGACAGAACAAGUGACUUAGGUGAAUCUAGACAACCUGGAUUCCAUUUAAGAAUUACAUGUUAUAUAGGAUAAUUAUGUUAAAAAUGAUCAACAUCUAAAUAGUGUUCCACAAGCAGAAGAUAACUUUGCUUUAGGAGUUACAAUUAUGUGUGGGUUGACUUUGGCAGGACUUAUUGGAUUCUCAAUUAAGAAAUGUGCUUUUAAAUCUAAUUGAAUGGAAAUUGAAAAAUGAAACAUAUUAUAUUAUGCGUAAUUAAUUAAUU